GUUUUUAUUCUCUUUCAUUGAUAAAGUUACAGUAACUGAACUCCAGAAUGAGCGGCAGAGGCAAAACCGGCGGCAAAGCGAGAGCGAAAGCCAAGACUCGCUCCUCCAGGGCAGGACUGCAGUUCCCCGUCGGUCGUGUUCACAGGCUUCUCCGCAAAGGCAACUACGCAGAGCGCGUCGGUGCCGGUGCUCCUGUUUAUCUGGCGGCUGUGCUCGAGUAUCUGACCGCUGAGAUCCUGGAGUUGGCUGGAAACGCCGCUCGGGACAACAAGAAGACCCGCAUCAUUCCCCGUCACCUGCAGCUGGCGGUGCGCAAUGACGAGGAGCUGAACAAACUUCUGGGCGGAGUGACCAUCGCUCAGGGCGGCGUGCUGCCCAACAUCCAGGCCGUGCUGCUGCCCAAGAAGACCGAGAAGCCCGCCAAAUCCAAAUAAACCAGCUCCAGUCUCAUUAAACCCAAAGGCUCUUUUAAGAGCCACUCAUAUUAUCUGAUAGAGAGCGCUUUCCUUUGUUAAUAUUUGCAAAUCACAAACGCAGUGAGUGAAAUAAAAAAUCAAAUUCAAUAACUGCUACAAGAUGUGCAUGUAUAAACGAGCCAUUUCUGUUUCCAGGACAUUUUAUGUAUAAAUAUGCAUGAAAAUUAACUCUUAAAUAUGUUUUAAGUGUCCUGAACGUUACUCUAACUGCAAAUUUAAAGUAUAUAAUUUAAAACAUUAAAAACUACCGAGAAUACUAAAGAAUAGCAUUUGUUACAUGUCCCUGCUAUCUAAACCUAAACUUUAUUAUGAAAUAUUAAAUUCUUUCAGAAAUCUUA